UUUUUAAGCUGUUCAAAAAUGAUUUCCUACAGCCAAGUUAUACAAAGCAAAGAUACAGAUGAGAGUAGUGUUAUUAGAACCAGUAUUUCUCAGAGAGAUUAUGUGCCUUCAGAUAACUCAUUUAAAAGAACAGGAUAUAAGAUGUACAAAAACCAAGGAGCUUUUAAAUAAAUGAGCGAGAUACAUCAGCGCUUUUGGGUGUAUUUUCAUACUUUAUGGUAUCACCAACAUUUUGUUUUACUCUUAUGCUUGUGGGUUUGAAAUAGUUUAUUGCAUGAGAAAUCCAGAUGCUUGCCCAACCGCUCCUCUCCUUGUUAGCCUCUUUGGUUACCUGCUAGACUCUUUAAACAGCUGCUGCACAGUUUGGAUCGGGAUUUUAUUCAUCAAAAAGACUUCAAAACCGAGCAGGGAUCAGACUUGGGAACUUUGGAAGAAGACUAUGAGGAUCAUGGCAAUCAAGCUUGCCAUUGUAGUUUUAGUAGAGCUGACCUUGGGCCUGUACAUGCUCAAUACUUCAUACAACGAAUAUGGCUUGGGCCAAGGAUCUGAGGAGAACGGGGAGCAUAAGAUCAAGUUCAAAAUUAAACAGAAAAGCAGAACUGGAGCAACUGAAUAUAAAGAAACAAAGGAAUAUAACGGAUACUCCUCUGUCCUUUUAAUGAAUGCAAUAGUUGGAUUAGUUCUACCUCUAUCCUGCAUUCUCAUAUACUCAGCCUGUAUCCUCUGUGGUCUCUACAAAUACCAUUCCAUCGCUAAAGAAAUAGAGACAAUCCAGGACAAUCCACCAGCUCCCUUGUUCCCUCUACCCCAGCUCCAACCAAUCCCAACCUCCAAGCCCAGAUCCUACUCUAACUCUUCCUCCUACAACCCCUAAAAAUCCCUAAAAAAUCCUUC